ACCGAUUCUUAUCCUCAUCCACAGCACCACAUCCACAUCCACACCCACGUCCACAACCACGUCCACAUCCUCCACUCAAACAACUACCUACCAACUUUCAUCCCCUAAGCACCACUCAAAAUGCAGUUCACCACCAUCCUCUCCCUCGUCGCCAGCCUGUCUCUGACGUCCGCGGCAGCCAUCGCCAGCCCCGACAUCGAAGCGCGCAGCCCCAGCGGCUCCUGCCCCAGCACGUACGAGCACAGCGGGACUGCCUUCCUCUCCGACACCUCGGACUGCAACGUCUUCUAUAUCUGCGACCACAACGGGCCCGUCAAGUUCAACUGCCCCGUCGGCUUGCACUUUAGCCCGUCCACUUGGGUCUGCGAUUACCCCGCCAGUGCCGGGUGUAGUAGUUACAACUAAGUAGAGGGCGAGAUGUCGCCGGCCUACUCUAGUCGGUGGGAUUGGGGGAAGGGAGGAGG